CCAGGCACGCGCGCCGUUUAUGAAUAAGGACGGAAAAAAUGCAAUGGGAGGAUCGGAGGAGGCGCGUGUGAGCCGCGAGGCUGCGGGGGGCACGGCGUCCCUGGAACCCUCGCCAAGGGCUCGCGGUGACAAUAAAACGCACCUUCUCCCUCUCUUAGUUAAUGAGAGUCAUAUGACGGCGCGCCGCAGUGUCACUGCGCGGUGAGGCAGCCCGGCCCGCCUCGGUUCGGCUCGGCUCGGCUCGGCUCGACUCGACUCGGAUCGGCUCGGUGGUUAAGGACCCGUGCGCGCGUUGCACAAGCGGAGGGCUGUGUCAUCGGGGAGGCUGCACCGGGCGGAGUUCCGCGGCUCACAGUCGACUGCUCCAGCGAGGAGCUCACUGUGCUCUCCGCAGACACGCGCACCCGCUGACACGGAUCGCAUCGGUUCGGCUCGGCUCGGCUCGGAUCGGAUCGGACUGCUGCAGAACCGAUCGGAACCAAGCGGGACCUUUCUGCCUAUUCGUCUCAGAGAACUUGGAUUAGCCUAGGACGGAAUUCUAACAGAGGAGCGGCGCUGGAAUUUGAAAAGUGCUCGCCGCUUGUCCCGGCGGGAUAGGAGGCAUGCACGCGCCCUCUGCCCCGGGUCUCUAACCGUGCAUCGCAUCGUCGAGGAGCAGCGCUUUGUUUCGCAUCCACCCCCCAAGCCCCCUCAGCCCCGCGCGCGCCGACUCGUGCGUGCACCCCGGUCCCGGGUCCCAACCGUCUGCUGCGAGCGGUCACAUGAGCGCGCGCUGAUCUCGCGCUGUCCAGGACCCGCUCCGCGCGGCACCAUGCACGCGCAGCGUACCGCCGGCGCGUCUCCGCUCGUCCGGCACGGGCGGGACAAACGAGUCGACUCGGACGAGCCACCGGCCAAGUGCCCCAGAGCGAGCGAGACGCCCGGUGACGCGGGCUACCUGGGCACCUCGCCGGUGUCCCCCGCGUGGGCAGCUCCCUUCGGCGGCGGCGCGAGCCGCGCGGGUCCGAGCCGCAUCUGCAGGUUCCUGCUCAUCCCGGCGGCGGACAGGGAGGGGGUGCACUGCGCCUUCGACGUGCGCACGGGCCAGGAGUACGUGUGCAAGGUCUACGCCGUGACCCAGUACCAGGAGAAGAUCCAGGCCCACAGCAUCGUUCCGCCCCACAGGAACAUCUCCCACAUUGAAGACAUCGUCCUGGGGGACCGGCACGCCUACGUGUUCCUCGAGAAGGACUUUGGCGACAUGCACACGUUCGUCAAGGGUUGCGGGCGCUUGGGCGAGGAGCACGCCGCCCGCCUCUUCUACCAGGCCGCCUCCGCCGUGGCCCACUGCCACCGGGCCGGCGUCGUCCUGGGGGACCUCAAGCUCCGGAAGUUCGUCUUCUCCGACGAGAAACGGACCCAUCUGAAGCUGGAGAGCCUGGAGGACUGUCACGUCCUGGAAGGAAAGGACGACUCCAUGUCCGAUAAGCACGGCUGCCCCGCCUAUGUGAGCCCCGAGAUCCUCAACAGCUCGGGCUCCUACUCGGGGAAGCAGGCUGACGUGUGGAGCCUGGGGGUGAUGCUCUACACCCUGCUGGUGGGUCGUUACCCAUUCCAUGACACUGACCCCACCAUGCUCUUCUCCAAGAUCCGCCGGGGGCAGUACUGCCUCCCCGACAGCCUCUCGCCCAAGGCCAAGUGCCUGGUGCACAGCCUGCUGCGCAGGGACCCCUGGGAGAGACUUACGGCUGCCGAGAUCCUUCUCCACCCGUGGUUCCAGAGCGCACAGGAAGCAGGAAGUGCCGAGCAGGAAGCGGGGCCUGCAGACCAGACUGUGCCCACUUUCCAUCUGGAGGAGGACGAGUCUCUGUUCUGCUGACGCAUGGACAGUGGACUGACAUGCUUUCACUACAUUUUAAGUGUUCUGUAAUGCUCUGACUCAACGUACUGUAACGCCGUAUGUGAAGAACUGCACCAAGAGCUGGAAAACGGAGCCCUCGCCGGGCUAUCAUGGUGCUUCUCUUUCCUGUUGAGUUCGCCGUCAAGUCGGGGACUCCCGCACCGUGAGCGGGGAUCUCUCCCGAGGAUGACGCCCCUCGGAAAGCGCGCGGCCGGAAGCGCCGAACGGGAACGAUGAGCACGGCGAGGUGCAUCCGAACGUGGGAGACGUGAAAGACGCACCGGAGGAGCCCGACCUCCAGAGAGCGGGAGCGCUAUCUUGGUGGAUGGAAACGCCAACAAACCUCAAAACACUACGGGGGCCUGUCCCACUUAAAUUAAAGGCAGGGAAUGAAAGCAAGAUGUAUCUGAGUCUCCCUCACACACACACACACACACAUAAAUACACACACGCACGCACACACACACACACAAAGCUGUCCUACAUCGAAGUCGCUGAGAACCAAAAGAAUCUCCUCUUUGCUCAGAAUCCUUAGUCGUCUUUAACGUCCCCUUCCCUGGACACCGAUCUGCAGUGACGUCUGUCACAUCACCCUUUGACCUUUCAAGUCUCAAGUGGCUUAGCAGUUGGCAUCCUGGGCAUGGCGAGUCCUAACCAAUCACAGGAACGAUAAAUCCGUUCCAUACGGUGCUAACCAAUCAUAGCACAAGUAUUGCCCGCUCUGGCCAAUCGGCGCCGGCCAUUUGGAGCACAAACCUGACCGGCCCCGACAAUCACGGCCUCUUAAGACUAUUCUACAUGGUAUCAGUGCUGGCCAAUCGGAGCACAAAAAUAACUUGCCCCGGCCACUCGCAGACUAGAUAAUGCUAAUGUCAUCGGCGCCGGCCAAUUGGAGCACAGACGUAUCCGAGCCUGGCCAAUCACAGCACAGAGAACACCUCUCACCUUCUAAGUGCUAUCGGAGAUAAAAAGCUUAGUACACUCUGGUGUACAUUUAUUCAGAGCUGGAUAUUAUUCUCCGCAAGUGUUUUCCUCUCUUUGCGUGACCGUCACGCCACAUCGGGAUGUGAUUUUUACUGCGCUCCCUGCUGCCGUAAAGAAAUAAAAAUAAGUCCUGGGAUGCGGCGUACGGUUAGGUCAUGUGACACUGCUGUGUCGGCAGGUUUCCGUGCCGUUUUGUAGGACAGAGAGGUCCUGCUGUCCGCUGUCCUCUUGGAGUCCCCACCUCUCCGAUCGGUGCCAUCCGCCGGGAUGCUGCCGCCCCCCCCCCCCCAACCCCCCCCGCCAAGGAAGGGGCGACUCACACGUGGGCCCCGCUGUCGAGACGUGAAGGCGGCCUCUGGAAGCGAGAGACGCGGCGCUACUCCACUCGACACACGCUCUCGCUUCGCGCUGAGUCAAAGCGGUGUGAGAAAGACAGUGAGCUGGCGCGGGUUCGAGCCAAAGUGAGGCCUGCCAGCUGCAUAAUUACUAAUGACUGAAAGGUGGGGAGAAAACUGGAGGAAGAAGGGCAGGGGGGUCUCCGCCACAGCGUGGUCUGUCACACGUGUGAUUCCUAGACCCAACUCAGCGCACAGCAGCUGUGAAGAGAGCUCUUACUGCCCCCGUGCCUGUGCGUGUGUGUGUGUGUGUGUGUGUGCGUGCGUGUGUGUGUGUUGACACAUCCUCAGCCUCUCGCAGAAACCGAUAGCGUUGGGGGGCAGAUCCUCAUUGUUAAACAUUAAUGUACAUAUGUAAAUUUGUGGACAAAUGUAUGGACAGUGU